AAUAAACACAUCAUAUCAUUCCUUAACUGUAUAUAGCCUACUGUUGGGUGGAAACGAUCGCAUCACGCUGUCAAUCACUCUCUCUUGAACUUUGUGAACUUUCUCUUCUCACAGCAACAUAUACUGAAUGGGUCUAUGACUCGCGCUAUAGAAAGAGCCCAGAUGGCACAAUCCAUCUGGCUUACAUCUAUUUGAGACGUAUUGCAAGUGAUCAAACUACUGUAUGUAUUGCAGAUGUAAAUGCAGACAUCAAAUAGAUGUAAGAACAUUUUCUGGUAUAUAUAUUUUUAUUUAAUAAAUAAGUUAUAGAUGUUCUUCCAGAGCAACCCAAAAUUUUUUUCUUAAUAGCCACAUGUCUAACAGGCUUCAGGACAGAAAGCAUUCAGAGCAGUCUGAUCUAAGCAAUAUGCUUUUGUUCAUAUAAUUUACACAUUCAUAAAUACUGUAUCUACAUACUGUACCAACUAGGGUUGUUCCAAAUGAUGAUAAUAUCGUGUAUUGACGAUCCUCAGACCUAUCGUCGAUAGCUGAUUCCCUAGACCAGUGGUUACCAAAGUGGGGGUCACGACCACCCGGGGGGUCGCGAGAUGAUUUACAGAAACGUAUUAUUAUUAUUUUUUUUUAAAGGUAAUGAUACAAGUAUAAAUUUAGGAUAAUUAAAAUAAACUGGAAUUAAAAAUUUGUUUGCUCCGAUUAAUUAAGACAGUGUGACGGCAUCAAUCACGUGCAGCACAACAACAUUCGCUAGCUAGCUAGAUGCACAUUUGGUGUUUUGUUAAAUAGCGAUCGGUCUAAUUUGAGAUCUAAACUUUAUAAAAAAUGAAACGGGGGAUAUUAUCAUCAAAAGAAAACGAGAAGGGACCAGAGAUGCCUGCUGAUGAGAGAGCGGGAUCAGCAGAAAAUACAGAGGGCAGAGAAGAGGAUGAGCCGCCAGGACUACCCUCCACCUCUGGAAGGGCAGCCCGCCAAACCUGUGCUCCGCAAAUGGACCAUCCCUCCUCGAAAGCCAGAAAAUACAGGGAGGAAUACAUAAACUAUGGUCUCACGUGCAUUGUUAUAAAUCAGGUACAACACCCUCAAUGCGUUGUGUGCUCCGAAGUCCUCGCACAUGAGAGUUUGAAGCCCGUGAAAAUGCAAAGACACCUGAACACCAAACACCCCAGCCUCACAGAUAAACCCACUGACUUUUUCCGCAGAAAGGAGAAAGAGUUACAGGGACAAAAAAAGUCAUUUUUAAACAAACAACUAUCCCCACUAAAGCUCAGAAGGCUUCAUAUGAAGUGGCAUAUUUAAUUGCACGGACCAAAAAGCCACACACAAUUGGAGAAACUUUAAUCAAACCAGCAGCAAUAGUUAUGAGUCGCAUCAUGCACGGAGAUAAACUGGCCGCUGAGCUGGAACAAGUGCCGCUCUCUGAUGGGACUGUAUCCGGCCGCAUUACAGACAGGGCUCAGGAUAUCAAGUGUCAACUGAUUGACAAAGUGAAGAAGAGUGGGAGGUACGCCUUACAACUGGAUGAAUCCACAGACGUGUCCAGCACCGCUCAACUCCUUGUAUUUGUCAGAUAUAUUUUUGAGGGGAAACUACACGAGGAAAUGUUAUUUUGUACGCAACUGAAGGGAUCAUGCACGGGCGAGGACAUUUUCAAUAAACUGGACAGCAAACUUAAAGAUGAAGGACUAUCUUGGGGCGAGUGCAUAUCAGUGUGCACAGACGGAGCUGGGGCAAUGCUGGGAAAAAAGAAAGGACUAAAGGCACGAGUCCUCCAAGUUGCACCUCACCUCAAUUUCACGCACUGCAUCAUACACAGAGAAGCCCUCGCAUGCAAAACCCUGAAUGCGGAGUUUAAACAUGUUCUUGACACUGCUGUGAAGAUUGUUAAUUACAUAAAAUCACGUCCACUGAACACACGACUGUUUUCCACUCUCUGUAAUGAAAUGGGAUCAGAGCACAAAGGCCUGCUCCUACACACAGAAGUCAGGUGGCUGACGCGAGGAAAUGUGCUGAGACGCCUGUACGAGCUGCGGGAUGAGGUGCGCAUUUUCCUCACAGACCAAAGAUCCCCACUUGCUGAGCAUCUGUCUGAUGCUGACUGGGUGACAAGACUGGCAUAUUUGUCAUGUAUUUUUGAAAAACUAAACGGACUUAAUGUGUCCCUGCAAGGUGAAAACACAAACAUCUUGUACCUUAAUGAUAAAGUGCAGGAAUUUGCGAGAAAGCUGGUGCGUUGGAGAGAGAGAGAGUGGAAAUGGGACGCAUAGACAUGUUUUCUGAACUGGAAGAAUUUAUGGAGGAAAAUGCACUCAGUGUUAACAGCAUCAAGGCAUCUGUUACUGCUCACCUUCAGUCCCUUUUGGAUCCAUUUCAUAAGUAUUUCCCUGAGGGAUACGCUCCCGACCAAUAUGACCGGAUAAGGUCACCAUUUAAUGUGACCACGGCAAAUCAUUUGGCGUCAGAUAUGGAAGAUGCGCUGAUAGAACUUUCAACCGAUCGAAUCCUGAGGACGGCAUUUGACGGCAAGACGCUGGAUGAGUUCUGGGUUUCUGUCGCGCUGGAAUAUCCACAGUUGUCGAAAGCCGCGUUGGAUGUACUCUUGCAAUUUGGCUCAACGUAUUUAUGCGAAAAGACAUUCUCCGCGCUGACUUAUGCGUGUUACAGGCAGCUUGUUCGUAUUCUGUCUGUAAGCACUUCACAGUUAUGGGAUGUAAUCGUUUUUUGUUAAUAAAAUAGCCUGGCUUAGAGAUUGAGCUCCUUUUUGUUUUAGCUCUGUCAGUAUGUAACCAAAUCGCAAAUCCUUACAAGCUGUCGUAGGAAAACAGAGAGGAGAAAGGAGGGGGGGGGUCGCGGGUCGUCAGCAGUCUAAUAUUGAGGGUCGUGGUCUGAAAACUUUGGGAACCCCUGCCCUAGACGAUGGUUGGCUGUUUGGUAAUAUAUGUUGCAAAUCAAUAUUACAAACGCGCAUUAUACAUUUCUUAAUGCAAGAGAGCUUGCAAUGCACGCGGCUUUGGCUUUUUCUCAUGCAAGAGAGAGUUUAUAAUGUGCCGGCUUUGAGUUUUCAGCGCAAGAGAGAGCUUGUGAUGCGCACUGCUCAGGCUUUUCCUCGCAGGAAUUGCUCUGCCUGUGAGGGUUUAAAGCCAGCAUACGAAAUGUUCCCGUUUGGCAAUCACGUCAUAACAGAGCUCACGGGCAUCAAUAGUUUACUUUCUCUUGUUUAGAAGGUUGCGGUGGAAAGUAACAAUGUUGCCAACUGCACUGAACUUAAACUCUGAUAGAAUGCUAAUUGCAGUCACAUUUCUAGACACGUAAGCUUCCGUUGUUUUAAACAAAUCCAGUUUGUCAUAAAUAAAUGUGUAAUUGCCCCGCCCCUUAAUACUAUCAUGUAUCGGCGAUCCACAGGCUGGCGAUAGCACGAUCUGACUACAGAGAAUAUCACCCAACACUAGUACCAACAAUGUUUGGCUAAAAGGCGUAAGUGAAUGAUCAAGAGCGAAAGACAGUGCUGUGCUGUAUUUUAACUCUGAGUAAGUUGCGUGCAGCUAAAGAUUUUAAACCAGACGAAAUGAUUUAUUAUUUAUCGGCUACAAUAUAUCGGCCUUAAUUGUAUUAUCCACCGAUAACAUUAAAAAUGACCAUUAAUCGGACGAUAGCGAUAUGGCCGAUAAUUUAUUUUGCGUCCCUAAUUAUAAUCCAAUGGAGUAAACCGUGUUUUCAAAAAAAUUCCUGACCUCUUGUUUAAAUGCCAGGGCCGGCGUCUUUUUCUGCAGCUCAGAGCAUCUUUUGAAAUUGAAACUUUUCUUAAAAAUGCUCUACGUCAAGCUCCUCAAGCUAACCAGUGACAACAUGCAAGGAAUGUGAUUGGUCGAGACGGCUCAAGCUCGAAAAAAUAAAAUGGCGGCCGAAACGCCCAUUGGAGCAUAGUAUAGUAUAAAUCAAAAUUUUAUUUUCCCUUUCAAUAACUUUUGAUGACAUUUCUAGUGAUAAUUUAUAAUUGUAGUUUGUAAAUAGAUUAUUGGCUAUAGCAAAGACACUCUCUGUUUAUGCUGCCUAUAAAUCCUGUCUCUCUGAAGUUUGAUUUUUACUUCUGCGUCAGACCUACAUCUCUACGCCGUAGGCUACGUGUCGGUUUUGAUACUGUGACGUUGUUGUCCGCGUCGACAGGCAGUGACCACUAGGCAAGUAAACAGUCACUUUUGCAGAUUUGAGAUGUUAAAUACAGAAGUACAAAUAAUUUAAUUAUAUAAUUAAUUCGAAAAUGCAUUAUAGUUAACGUGACUCCAUCCCAGAGUUUUUUAAACUGAGGAAGGGAUUCACACAGACCAAUCACAGCGUCCGUGUUGGGUCUCCUUUGAGUUGACCAGUUGUUACAUUUUUGGAGAGGUGCGCGUCAGGCUACGGCGUAGGGUACGCGGCUCUACGAAGGCGUAGGCUACGGCGUAGAUCCGUGACGAGACCAUAAAUUGCGCUUAAGCUGCCUGCGUGCACAAAUGCAAUCUUUGAACAUUAAAGGCUGCUAUUUGUAAGCACAACACGCUCUGGGUUCAGCCUAAUACCGGACCGAGCGUGUUUGAACACGACGCUACUGGUCUAAUUGGAUUCAAUGCUAAGCUAUGCUAAAAGUGCUAUCGCCAGACCCAGAGAUCGGCUGAAUAGAUUCCAAAACUGUAAAACUCAUUUUAUUAAAUCUAGGGGAGUUGAAGAAUGAUCCUUUUUCCAAAACAUUUGGAGAGUUCCUUUAACUAAUUACAGGCAACAGUCCAGUUCAACAGUUAAAACAGGGUAAAUAGCAGACCUGCGCACUACUGCAGACUUCUGCUGACUAUUCGCUUCUCCUAAAUUACAAGAGUAAUCAGCAGUUUAAAUGCAUUUACGGUCGAUUGAACACGCCACAGAUUAUUGUCUAAUGCUCCAGGAUUCUUCAGUCCGAACCGGUCAAUCCUGGUCUGCCGCUUAGCUGUCCGUGGCAAGUUUGCGGCAUGAUUUUGAAACAGAACUCAUGCAUAGAGGACGCGAUGUGCCCAGUUGAACUACAUUCAUUCACUAACACACCCAAGGAUGAAAUUUGCUAGCCAGGAUCGAAGCCGCCUCUUGUCUUUGAGAUCCCCACCAGGAAUUGCUUUGCCCCCGCGAGAUGGAAUUCAACACUGCUGUCAUCGGAGACUCAAUCAUCUGGAACGUAUGUGGUUCCUCUACUAAAGGUAAGGUGCACAUUCAAUGCUUUCCUGGUGCCGUGAUCAACAUUUUUCUGCACAGAUAUCCACGAUCCUGAAGGGCCAGGAACUUUGGAGCAGUCAUGCUGCCCGCAGGGGUGAUCAACAUCAGGAUGUGCCAGUCGGAGAUCCUAAAGAGGGACUUCGGAACUCUGAUUGAGACGAAGUUGUCUUUGCUGUAUAACAGGCAGGAGGUCUCUGAGAUCAUCCUGCUGUACAUACUUGAGGUCAUCUAUUGAUUCCAGACAUGAGCUUAAUGCUGCCGCUCAACUGUUAACUGGAACAAGGAAAAGGGAACAUAUUUCACCAGUGUUGAUCUCUCUCCUCUUGCUCCCAGGGAACAUUGAUCAACUAGCCUUCAGUUGACCGUUUCAAGGACAUGCUUGAAAUCGAAAGGAGUUCAGGCCUUUUCAGAAGCUGCUCCAAAGCUACAGAAAAAUUGACCACCUUAUAUAAGAAGUGCACCAACAUACGCUGUUGUGAAUUCACUUCUAAAAACGUAUUUAUUUAGGGUUGCAUAUGGUCAUAAGUAAGCACAGUGACAUAACUGUAGUGUACUAUCUGUCGCUGUGUUCUAUGUUUACUUGUAUUUUGUUAUAUGCAUAAAUUUUGUAUAUAACAUUUUUUUCAGCACUUUGGCCAACAGCUGUUGUUUUCAAAUGUGCUCUCUAAAUAAAUAUGACUGACUGACUAAAGAAGAAACGUGUUUGCAAUAUUAAAUUAAAUAAAUAUAAUUUAAAUAAAUUAAAUCUUUUAAACUAAACUUAUCUCUUCUUAACCUCUUAAGAGAUGGAAAGCAAGCCAA